AUGGAUAAUGUUGUUGUUGGAAAAGGAAAGAAGGGAGGUCUUCAUUUGCAAAAGGAGACGCGACUAUGCACGAUUCAUUGCAAAGAUGGUGAAGAGAUAGUAGUAAGAGCAGGUGUUAAAGGUGGUUUGGCUGAGGUGAACGAUCGACUGGUGGACAAUCCUGACCUUGUAAGGACUGCACCAGAAAACCAGGGUUACAUUGCUAUUAUCACGUAUGGUGCUGGCAAAAGAACACCCGAUGAGUUUACGGAGGAGUUACCGCCGAAGAAAGUGUUCCUAAAAAACUAUGGAGAGAGCGCAUCAGAAGCACAAGUGAAUUAG